AUGGCAGAAGAAAAGCAACAUCAUGAGGAAGUUGCAACCGCCUCGAGCGAUCUCAGUCAUCAACCUGGGAGUGAUCUCAACCAUCAACACACUAAUCGCAGCCAUGGACUACAUCAUGACCACGUUGCUGAAGAAGCAAUUGGUGGCCGCACAGCUGACCUGGGCAAGUCAUAUUUUACGAGUAUCAACUUCAUAGGCACAGUAAUAGCUACAUGUCUAGCGCAAGUAUCAGGAUACCUUGGAUGGGUUCUCCCCGCCAACACCUUGAGUCUUAUCAAUGCUGCAAUUGGCCCGUCCCCAAACAUCAUCUGGGUCAGCAUUUCCUGGACGGCCGGUUUCGCCAUUGGCUUCACACUCGUCGGUCGACUUUCAGACAUAUUUGGUCGAAGAUGGUUCUUCAUAUUCUCCUCGGUCCUCGGAUUGAUCGGAAACAUCAUUGGUGCAAGUGCACAAAGCAUCAACAUGUUGAUUGCUACAAACUCUAUCAACGGUCUAGCUGCUUCCGGACAGCUUUCAUUUCACAUUAUUCUCGGCGAACUCGUACCCAACUCCCUUCGAGGUCCAGUCAACGCUUUCGUGCUUUCUACCUCCGUCCCGUUCGCCGUUUUCGGUCCCCCGGUCGCGCGAUCACUAUACCAGACAACAAAGCUCCAAUGGCGAUGGUGCUAUAUCCUGGGAUGCAUUGUAAACGUUUUGGCUAUAGUCAUGUACUUUUUCUUCUAUUUCCCACCGACUUAUGAAAUGCUCCACGUUGGCGGCAAGUCCAAGCUGAAACAGCUCAAGACCCUUGACUGGAUCGUAAUAUUUCUCUUCUCAACUGGCCUGGUCGUUUUCCUGAUCGGCAUGAACUGGGGAGGCUCCGCAUACCCUUGGGACAGUGGACAUGUGCUGGGAGCGCUAUUCGGUGGGUUUGGAGCCUUGGUGGCCUUUUGCUUUUGGGAAGCCUACGCUCCUGGACUCGAGUACCCGUUGAUUCCUAUGCGGCUGUUCAAAAACAUCCAGUAUGAUGCCAAUGUCGCCUGCGCUAGUUUGGCGGCUAUUGUCUACUACGCCAACUCGGUCAUCUGGCCCACGAUGAUUUCCGCCUUGUUCACGACAGACAUUUCCAAAAUCGGAUGGCUAUCGUGUGCGGUCGGUGGUGGUCUACUCCUCGGGCAGAUUCUUGGAGGUGCAGGCGUCCGCUACCUGCCACGAAUGAAGAUUCAAAUGAUUGUAGCAGCGGUCUUCACAACAGCCUUUGUUGCAGCCAUUGCAGCAUCCAACAAGACCACUCAAAAUCGAACAACGGCAUUGCUUUUGAUUGGCACCAUCGCAGCAGGCUACAUUGAGAACCUGACUCUUUCGAGCACGGCAUAUCUUUGGGACCCAGCAGAUAUCGGUCUCGUCACUGGCGUCAUGGGCGCCAUCCGCACAGGUCUUUCAGCCAUUGCGACCAGCAUGUACUCGUCUAUUCUGACAACAGAGUCGUCCAAGUACAUUCCUAGAAAAGUUACGCCCGCUGUACUUGCCGCUGGCCUACCAGAGUCAUCUCUACCCUCUCUUUUCGCCAGCAUUACCAAAGGAGAUUUCACGGGCGUGCCUGGAAUUUCGCCUGCCAUCAUUGCCGUGACGGGGUCAGCCGUCAAGGACGCUUAUGCGGUUUCUUUCCGGACUGUGUAUCUGUGUACGCUACCGUUUGGUGCGCUGUUGAUUGUUGCCGCCAUCUUCUCCCCGAAUGUCGAGCAGUAUCUUACCGACGAGGUGGCGAGGAAGAUGCAUGAUAAAGGAGAUAAGGAGAUUGAGGUUGAGAGGAAGGAGUUUGUCGAAGCUUGA